AUGACAAGUGGUUUAAAUCAUUUCCUAAAACUAGCUAAAACUUGCUCAAACUGCUAAAACAUUGUGUAUGACUUGCGCCACAUGUGGUUUUUGUCAAUAAAUUGAAUUAAAUUGAAAACUACCGGAUCGAGACGUCCGGAUUGAAUUAGUUCAAUGACGAAUAGCUAUGGCAUCUCAAGAUGUAAACAAAUUUAGAGUUAUGUGCCCUUGAAAGCAAGUGUAUUUCGGAUUAACGAGUGUUUUAUGAUGAUCGUCGGUUGAAAAAACAGAACAUCGUCACAUCGUUUGCAAUGAGAGUACCAACAAGUAGAUUAUAAAAAAAUAAUUGCCUGAAGUUUGUAAUGGAGAUCCGAGAAACCGAGGAGGGGUACCUCCGAAAAUUUAUUCCGCUUUGUGUUGUGGAAUUUUUCUUCUUCAUUGCGUAUAUAAUGGGAUUCUUUGUUGCAACAGAGUAUGGACACGAAGCAUUUCGGGGUUUUAACAAAACGACACCGAAUAAUUCCGAUAUAUCUCACUGUGAAACAAAUACCAGUUCAGUCAGUUAUAUAGAGGAACAGAAAGUGCAAAAAGAAGUUUCAAAUUGGAACGUAUACAUUUUCAUUGCUCAGGGAGUCCCCUUGAUAUUUGCUUCGAUUGUGUUCGCACCCCUAAGCGACCGUGUGGGACGUAAGAUUUUCUUGGUCAUUGGGGUAGGUGGAGUUUGCCUCAAACAGCUCUUGAUGACCCUAGCCAUUGCAUUCGAAUGGAAUAUCUUCUUGUUCAUACCCUUUACUCUAGUCGAGGGAUGUACUGGUAGCUGGAUCGUUUUUCUGGCUAUUACCUUUUCCAUGAUGUCCGAUAUAUCCUCAGGUCAAUCUAGGUCUUUUCUAAUAGCUGUGAUCAGCUUUGUGCUAGGGGUCGGGUUUUCGGUCGGUAAUUUCAUCCCGGGCUAUGCAAUUUCUUCCGUGGGCUUCAUGUACUCAAUGGCAAUAUCGUGCGGUAUUUGUUUUUUCUCAGUCCUAGGUAUGUGUUUUGUACCAGAAACUCUACCUCCUGAUAGACGCUCAACAGUAAGAUUUCACUGUAUAAAAAACUUUAAGGAUAUCCUCCAGUUUUACAUUAAAAGCGAUGAUUUAACUAGUUCCGAGCGCUGGAAAUAUAUUAUAGGUCUUUCGGCGUUUUCCUUUGUCAUGUUGGCCAGACUGGGAACGGGUUUUGAGCUACUCUUUCUAAUAAACUCGCCAUUUUGCUUCAGUCCAGUUAAAAUCAGCGUGUUUGAAACAGCAAAAUCAGUUCUUUCAGAAGUUGUUAUAUUGAUUGGGAUUAAACUUUUCCAGAAGUGUUUCAGUGACGAAAUAAUUGCUCUAAUAGGCUCUGUUUCAUCCCUAGCUUGUUUCGUUUUAUUCGGCAUUGCACCGUCGGCGGAAUACUUGUAUGUAGCGGCUCUGGUUGGCUCAAUAGGCAUGUGUUCCAUUCCCAUGAUCCGAGCCGUGAUGUCCAAAAUGACGUCUAUAGAAAAACAAGGUACCCUAUUUGGAAGCAUCGCGAUCGUAGAGAACGUCUGUAACCUGGUGGGCUCUGUCCUAGGUGGCGCUAUAUACUCCGCCACUGUGUCCUACUACCGGGGCAUGGCUUACUUAGUCCUGGCCGGAUUUAUGCUCAUCGCUCUGAUUCUUCUGUUGUGUUUGGUUAUCCUCAACCGUGUUGACAAAGGGAGAGGGGAGUACAGAAUCAUACCUUCAAGUGAGCCCAUCAACUAAUAUACCACCCCGUGAAGCUAGGCUGUGGUUUUUUAAAUCAUAUAGCCUUGCAUUGCACCUUUUUGUCUAUAGUUAGUAUGCAGGCAUAGUUAAUUUUUGAUCUGAUGUAUUAUUUAAUGUAUAUUCUGAUCAAGCUUUUCGAUCAAACACUUAUAAUAAGGACCAGUCAGUAUUCGUUUCAUUUUCUAGUAUAUUAUUAGUAUUAUAUUGUGCACUCAUUUGGUGAAGGAAUAACCACAUUCAAGUAUUAUACCCAACACAUUUCCCUCCCCCAAGAUCCGCGCAUGGUUUCUUUUUUUCUGUUUAAUACCACUAUGCACUGUAUAUAUACAUGUAUGCAUGUUUGUAUUGCAUAAAUGACAAUAACACAACUGUUUCUUCUGCAGGCGAUUCGUCUACUAACUAGCAUCAAUGAGUCUAUCCACCCGCCAUUUCAUUUCAUAACAACAACAUCUCUAUUUAUUCAGACGCAUGCGCGUUUCUUUAUCUGCGCAUUGCAACCUGGCAUGAGAAUCUGUUGAAUUCUGAUCUGCAGCUAAAUGAGGAGUACAAUGCAUUGUAAAUGAUGGCCGAGGCUUAGAUCUAAUACUUCACUGUGAUACGACCACACAAAUGGGGACUGUUUAUC